AUGACUUUCAGAGGCCCGCCUAUACCGAGACGAUUUCCGGUUUAUCUUCCGGUUUAUCGGGCUGGAGGUGUUUAUGGGAUUUCAUUGAGGGCCGAAUAUUUAAACUCCAAUGGGUUUGGGACUCAGACCCCAAACCAACCGCAUUUGAGGAGAUAUGCGUCAGAUGCGUUGAGUGAGAUGAAAAAUUCACAGUACAGUUUCCGCAAAGCCAAUGAAAUGCUCGAGAAUGGAGAAGUGCCGUCGGUUGAGGUUUAUGAAGAAUUGGUUGGUUCAUGUUACGAUACUGGAGCCAAGGCGAGCAUGGCUAGGGUAGCCUUGCAACUAACGGUGGAGAUGAUGAAGAGAUACCCCGAUUACAAACUCAAGCCCUCAUUUUUACAAGGACUUAGCUCAUUGGUAUCUAGAUCAUCUUCUUUUGUGGACCAGAUGAUUUUUUUUAACCUGCUGAAGCAAACUGGUACCAAACAGCUGUGGGCCUAUGCUGGGGUCGAGGUUUCCCGGCUUCUGAACGCCAGAGAGUACGAACAUGCGGUACGGGUAUUUAAAUCUGCUUUUGAACUCUGUUUCAAAGGGGGAAACAGCUCGAAUCAGAAUCCCGAGUUAAUUUUGCGCGAACUUCGGUUUUUCCCGGUUCUGUGGAAUGCUGCACUUCGGGGAGACAUGGAGAAUCUGGAGUACUUUUUGGAGAUAGUCCAGGUUUACAGACCAGAGGUGUCAGAGAAACUCUUUGGAACCAUAUUGAGCGCCAUGUGGGAAAAUUUUGAUGAAGCCGAGGGAGUCGCCAAGAAAGUGUUUUUGCUAUGUGAGGACCGCACCAUCCCCAUACAAUUGUCACAGAGUUCCCUGCUCCAUAUUGGGGGAAUUAUCUCUAAAAACUUUGAUGUUGAGCUGACACAGCAGGUGGUGAGGAAAUUGAUGAGAUUACGCGAAACUACAAAACUGGACACCGAUCUCGCUUCGCUGACGCUUGAUUCAUACUGCAAUCAUUCUGUGGCAGAUCAUCUUACGAUAUGGAAGGUUCUUGAGCAGUUCAUGAAAACAGGCGUUGAUUUAAAUAAUGAUCACACAUAUGAGAUGGCAAGAUCAUACGGUUUACUAAACAAGAAAAGUCGUAUUUCUACGCUUGCGAAAGAUCUUGAAAAGAUUGACGAUACCAGAGCCCAAAGCUUGAUACUGCACAGUGUGGUCACGGCUGUUGCCAAUACCACCAAUUUCACAGGUGUGGUUUGGUUACUGUCAGAACUCGAUCCAAACCUUUUGAAGCUCAUAGAUCGAGAGACUUGGGACUUAAUUGUUCGUGCUGCUGAGAAAUCUAAUUCUGCAAAACUUUGCGCCAUGACAUUACACAGCUAUUACAAGAGAAGAGGUUUCCAGAUAUCGCCCAAGAACUAUGCGUCUUUCAUCGCCUCGCAAACCCUGGGUACCGAUUACACAAAGGUAUCUGCUCUUAUCCAUGAGUAUGUUCAUACAUAUGGGAAGGUUCCCACGAAAGUUGUGGACUUGAUUAGACGUUCAAGUGACGAGAAGACAUCAUCAGUUCUUGAAGGCCUAGGAGAAGUGACAUUGGAGAACCUUCAUGACCUAGAUGCCAUUCUUGAAAGCCGGUCAGCACUGCAGGAGGCCCAUAGGAUAUAUCACCAGGAAUACGACGAAAGGGAUAACGAGAGAUUGAAACUGCUGUUGACUAUAUAA